ACGCGGGCAAAUGCCGUGUUAUAUCAGGUUGUGGUCAUCGCGGCAUUCAACAGGCGUGAGAAGUUGUAACACUGAUAUCAACUUCUACAAGUAGUUAUCAUUUUGAAAGGUUGUGUAUCACACAAAGAUGGACGAAGCGCUUCAGGAAUGUUUCUCGAAACUGUCUGAAAUGUGUGCAUAUCUCAGAUCAACAUAUCCUGGCAAGAUCGUAACCAAGUACGUGGGCAAUAUCAGCUCGUUCUUGGCCAAAUGCAUCGUCCUCUGGCUGAUAUGCACCAUCCUGCUGAUCUCGUCGGCGGUGCUGUACUUCACAUUUCACUACAGCAUGAUGCCAACCAUGCUGGUCAGCUUGCCCGUCCACUUCCAGUUCACCCCAUGCUUCUCCAAUCCAGAAAGCUGCGCUUAUCCCAGAGCGCAGGUCUACCUGGUGGACGGCAGCGCCAACCCCCUGCUGUAUCCGCACGUGCACUACACGCUGACACUGGAGAUGGACAUGCCGGAAUCAGACGCCAACAAGAACGCCGCAGGCAUGUUCAUGGCGCAGCUGAACCUGACCAGCUUCUCGGGUCGGCUGGUGGGCUCGUCGUCGCGCGCCAACCUCCUGCACUACCGGUCGCGGCUGCACCGCGCCCUGCGCACCUUCCUCAUCAUGCCGCUGCUGUUCACCGACUACUCCCGCGAGCAGCAGACGGUUGCCACCGAGCUGUUCUCGGCGUACUUGGUGCAUGAGGAGCACCCGCCAACCAGCGCCCAGCUGGAGGUGCGCUCUCACGCCGUGCAGCUGUACGCGGCGCGGCUGCGCGUGCACGCGCGCCUCACCGGCCUGCGCCGGCUCAUGUACCACCACCCGCUGCUGAGCGGCCUCGUCGGCACGCUCGCCAUCUUCUGCAGUGUGUCGCUGGUCUUCCUGCUGCUCUGGCUGCGGAAUACGGAACUACCCCAGACGCUGGCGCGGCUUCGGCGGGCCCGGUCCAGCCCGGCGGCGGUGGACGCCUCACUAGCGGCAGGUACGCACCUCGUUCCCGUAAGAUGGGCACCGUACGACCAACCGACAGCACGCUGGGAAGCAUCGGCUUUGUAAUCUUAUUCUUGCAUUUUACGAUCUUCUACAUUCAGAAGUGGAAAGCACUUCAGCCAGGACAAAAGGGGACAGUGAAACUUUUUGGCGCUUUUUGGGUAAUCGCACAUGGACGUCACCCGGCAAGAUACCCAGUGGAAGUCAGGUUUGAUGUCAAGUUUAGGCACGGUGUCGUGUGUGAAACGAUUUGAUCAUGUGGGGGCUGGAGAUGAUGACAGGUCAACAAAUGCUCACCUUUAUUGACCCGACGUUCUCACAAACUAUAGUGUCGAAGGAAUCCUUUAGACAACGAGGGGUGCUUUGCAUCCGUAGGCACAAACUUUACACCGCAGGCGUAAGCGAAGUAACGCGCAAACAUGUGCCACCAUAUGGCCAUUUUUAUAUCGUAUAGACUUAAAAUUGAACAUGACGGUGGCAAGGGUGAAGAGGAUCGGUACAAAGAAAAGACUCAAAUCACUGUCGUGCCUGGUGAUUCGAAAAGGAGAAAAAGGAAGAUAGGCCGCCAGUGUCCCGGUUUUUUUUCAAAAGUCUGACGUUCAGAAAGCUACGCUGCGUAGCUUUGAUUGGUGAAUAUUGUAAUGUGGUGUAAUGGCACUACAUAGAUGUCGGCAUAAAUUUAAUUCAAGACGUCCAAAUUGCAAGGUUUGACAUUGGGUGAAAUCCGUUUACAGUAACAAGGAAUGCGUUUUGGUAUGUGCUUUCGACAGCGCCACCAAGCCGUGUAGUAAUUUGUGCUAUUAGC